UGGAGGGCUUCAGGGUCAUCGAAUAUUCUGUGAAGCAGGUAGCGAUAAACAUUCCAAAGUAGCUGUGAUUUAUUUAUUACCCACUAUAUUUCUAUAUAAUGUCAUUUCACUCUGCAAUGACAUGACAGUCGAAAUAUAGCAUUCAUAAUGUCUCGUCGCAUUAGCUCACGCUACGUAUUUGAAACAGUGGAAAAUACGAGGACCUUUCGACACCACUGUUGCAUCAACAACCAGAUUGUUGAGUGCCAGACGUGUCUCAGCGUCGUCGGUCGAAAUGAGCCCUACAGUCAUCACUGGUUAGGUGGCCCAGAUGAUCAACAUAUAAAAUUAGGCCUGGAAGAGAUGAAAUUGCUUAAGCACAUAGAAUUAGAGCGGAUUCAAACAUUUUUUCUAUGUGAUGGAAGUGCGCGGAGUCGGACCAAUGCGUUUAUAUUGGAAGCCGGCACCGAAGCGGUACCCCAGCUACUCCGUUUCCUAAAUUUUGGGGCUAAGCAGCUGGAGGUGACGAUUGGGUUCUAUGUAAGUGUGGCCAGGAAACGUAUGUAUUACGAAAGCACUCCUGUGAGAAUAGUCAAUCAUUUUGAUAUAAAGGAGACAGUAGAUAUGGUGUUCUCGAUAUUGUUAGAGAAGAUUACUAGCUUUGUGAUGUUGCAUCAUUGCGUUCCAUUAGAAGCAUGCAUUAUAAAGCGCAUAAAAGUUAUUGUAAUGCGUCAAAUGAUUGGAAAACCGCAAUUACCAUUGCAGUAUCGUGUUAAAACCAAUAUGAAUUAUUUCCAUAACAAGCAGUCCACAGGUGUAAAUGUAAAUAUUACGCUACUCUCUAAGAGUAUUGUUAGUUAUCAUGAACAACGGCUUGGAAACUUUCCAACCUCUCAAAAGGUAAAUUUAUAUUGCAUGCGAAUGUGCUCUAGCACAAAGGAAGCUUUCGUGGUCCCCUAUUUUCUCAGUGACGAGGAUGUAAAUAACACGCCAACCUUUCUUAUACUUACGAAUGUGGCAGGAGAAUUUGAAGGCUUACAUGAAAUACGAAAUUUGCGUCGAUUUCUGAAAGCUGACUCACAGGAUCAUAUAUUUGAGUGUCGACAGUGUAAGUCACAUUUCGCUGAUCGUUCACAGUAUGCAUUACAUAAGCAAAUAGCUUGUGGAGCUGGGUUUAUGGUUUGGCAAAUCGAGCAAGAUUCAACGGAAUUAUAUGAAAAUUGUUUGCUUUUGCCCAAACAGUUUUUUAAAUUUGACUGGUUUGGCAUUGGACAUUAAUUUAGUGAAUAAUAAUUAAUAAAUUAUCAUUAUAGACAUUUUGUAAUAUUUAAAAUACCAAACGUAUACCAUCUUCAUAAUGUAUCGAUAAC